AUGAGCAAGAUCACUGGUUACUCGCUCCACCACGAUCCGUCGUUGCAGGAAUACUAUGAAGCAUGCAUGACCGACGACAGCAGUGCGGAGGAGAACGGCAGUGAGAGUGACCGAGACUCAUCAAGCUAUUGGCGCUCCUCGCGCCGCUCGCCGCUGCGAGGCAAGGCAAGGUUAAGUCUGCAGCAGCGCAACUCCGUGCAAAACGCGAUGCGCGACCGCACAUGUUUGGCGCGGCGUAACCCUGACGCAGCAGCAGCGGCAUCGUUGCUGGCAAAGCCACUGGAGGUCACUAUGGUUGAUGGUGCGGGUGGAGAAGACGCGGACAAGCCUCCGCCAAAUACAGUACGUGGCGCGGGCGUGGAGCGCCUUAUAUUUGACGCCCUCUGUGCGUUGCGACAGUCGCCCAACGACAGUUUUCAUGCAUCCGCCGCAUGUGGCGGCGGCCCGCUCGUGUGGUCGCUGCGCAAAUCAGUGGCUGACGGCGAAACAUGGAAGAAGACACCGUUAAAUGUGCGCACGACGAUCGAGGCGUUUAUCGCUGGCGCAAACGACGCAUCUCUCGCAGAGUGGCAGCUGCGCAAGCUCGACUCAUCGAUUUCGUACAACAAUGCCUGCGUUGCGGACGACGCGUUUGGUGAUUCCUCGCAAACCUGCACGGGCUCCGAAGGAAUUCUGCUCGCAAGUUGCCUUGUUCUUCGCCGCUUCGCUGCCAUCGUUCGUGCUUUGCUACAAAGUUUAUCACAGUGGGUUCUGCAGCUGCAGGGGGAGCAAACAAAACCAGGGGUCGCGUUGCCUACGGUGUCUGGCAUUGGGCGGCGCGUGGAGAGGGCGCUCUUGCCGGUACGGCGGUGCGUUGUGCUGAUGGAGCGUGCCUGCUGCAUCGCAUGUGUGCAGCGACGACGCUGGCGGCCCGGAGGUCGUGGGGAGCCGAGUGUUGGACCCCGCGACGCGCGCGUCGGGCCUCAUGGACUUUCUCAUUGUACGGAUGAGUGCGCUGCAGGACAGCAACACGAUGGCUCUGUACCGCUUCUACAUGGUCGUCCUGGUACACUGCAGCUGGCCGUACGUGCUGCUCCUGACGUCGGCUAUAUUUGGCUUUGUGACGGAGAUCGACGCCGAUGCCUGGCGGGCGACGUUCCCACGCAUCUUUCGUCUGUCCUUCUCCCACAUCAGGGCUGGCGACUGCGGCGGGAUCGAUGUGAGAGGUGUUGCGCUGCCGACCGACAUCCUCUCUAUGGUGCUGCUGUGCGUUGGGUACGGGCGAGCGGAGGGGAGAGCGGCGCGGGGCGCAGCGUGUGCGGCGGCGAGCCGCGUUUGCGUCGUUGCUCUCGUCGCGGCUGCUUCAUCCUUCGCAGCUUCGUCGCGUUUGCGCGGCAAGGGGCGCUUACGGGCUGA